GAUAUCUAAAGAAGCUGCAAAACGGUUGGCUAAUAUGAUCAAGGAAAAAUAAUUUUGAUACUUUGCUUACUUUGUCCUUGUCAAUAUGUUACACCUUACAAAGCGUGUGCCUUUAUUUGGUGUCCAAGUUUAUUCGUGAAUGAGGAUGUUAUCGUCAAUGUCGACAGCUGUGUCUUCGUCUAUGACACUUCCAAAUGAACUCUGGCUUCCAAUCUUCGAAUAUCUGCCUCCGUGGUCACUUCGUAACGUUGUCUUAACAUCCAAGAAAUUCCAUGCAGUCGCCAUUCGUCUUCUUUACAAGCAUCUGAUUCUGACGUCCCCGACAUCGUUUGCAACGGCGCAUUCCCCUCUAUCUUCCAUCCAGCCUUCACCUCACGCUCUUCUUCUUAGUAUUUCCCCGUUCGUAUGCGCCAUAGAGCAACUACAAGAAGCUGUUGCUGUUGUUUCCUUUGACGGGUUGAAGCCAAUUACUGUCAGUGCUAAUAACAAUCGCCAAUUGACCACGUCUCUUUUCUCUGAAACUAAGGAUGUCUAUCAACCAAGCCUGGUUGCGGAUACGACCCUCUACAACACUCUCCUAUCACAAGUGACUUCUUUUACAUCUCUAAGACAGAUCGUCUUCCGCGGUAUGAUUCUCCCAGGCAAUUUCCACUCCAUCGUGCACGACUUUCCACACUUGCGCGAUUUGGCGGUUGUGCAUUGCACUGUUCCCUUCGUCCGUGCUCCUCCAGAUAUUGACCACACCUGCCUGAAGAUCGAAACUCUCACCCUCCUUGACAUCCGCGCUACUUCUCGACCCGACGAUGACGACUUGAAUCUUCCCCGUACCCGUCUACGCCUGCUUGCAAAAGCCUCCACCCUCCGCACUCUCACAUAUGAUCAUACCAUCUGGGUACACCGUGCUUUUACAUCUUCCUCCCCGUCCUCCCCGCUUACUGCUCUCGACGUCAAGUUCCCCGCCCAGAAAGAUCGUCCCAGAGUUCCGCUGGGUUUCAUCCCGUUCCUCGAGACUCUUCCCUCCCUUCGCACUCUCAUCCUGCGAAACCAUGUGCCCGCACUCUCAUUGUCGCCAAGCGCUCUUCCAGCUCUGUAUUCUAUUUCUGCUCCUUUCUCUGUCAUCACUUCUCUCUGUUCCGGCCGUAACAUUGUUAAACUCGACAUCCGUGAUGAGGUUGUGCUUAUACCACUCUACAAGACAUUUACAACAGUGCACUCCGACUUGUCGAUGGUGCAAGAGAUUUCGCUGUUCGUAGGGGACUGGGACGACGAGCUUAUGCUGGCUAUCGUCGCACAUUUUCCUAAUUUAACCAAGAUACAAAUCAGGUAUGUAAGGGGAGGGCCAAGCGAGGACACUAUCAUCGGAAUGGGUUCACGUACACUGUAUGCUCUUCCACACCUCUCAUGCGUACACAUCUUCUGCAUCUCCCUUGCCCCACCCCCUCAAAAUUUCCUCGAGACGAACAAGCUUGAUGACGACACCGCAUAUGGCGCCCCUGGUAUCGACGAUACUUAUUUCCAGAGCAUGCAUGACAUCGAUCCGGACACAGACACCAGCCCGGUGCAAGACAACAACGAUGAUUAUGGCGUACCUUACUACAGACACCACGCUCGCAGCUCGCAUAACACACUUCCUGCCGACUAUCAAGACAUAGACACGGACUUGGACUUGGAUGUGGGUAUGGACCUAGUCACGUACAUGGUGUAUUGUUGCCACGGGACUCCCAUUGGGUCGCCGUGCCAAGAGUGCACGGUUGCCAAGCAGCAGAAGCGUUUCAACCAAUUUAUCAAUAAUUUGGAGCACAAUCGCAACUUUGAAUCCAAGUUCGAAGAGCCUCAGGUAUCGGAGACGAAGCCGUUUGACGAUUACACUCGUGAACUUGUCAUUGCUUGGAACCGUGCUUGUCCUGGACUUCGCACUGUUCAGCUGCACCCUGGAUGGGUGUGGCGGCGCGCAGACCCUGCUGACUCCUGGAUCGCGAGGUCGUGCGAAUCAGGCAUUUUUGGCGAUGUUUUCGAGUCGCCACCUUGCGACGCGAGGCUACUUGCAGAUAUCAUAAAAAAUGCUGAAUCAAAAGCACGCGACACUGCCACUGGCUGGACAUCAUCCCAGACGAUAACCAUGCAGAUGUGACUAGGAGAUCAUUAGUUCAGAAUGCGUGGAGGAAGAAGUAGCAAUUGGGAAGAAAAGGGUAUUGGGAAUGAGAGAAUGAAUAUGUUAGAAACAGGUCGAACUUGGGCAUUUACCGUGACAAGGCAUGUUACUCGUGAGUCGUUAGUUGGUGUUGCAAACACAUAAGCAUACGUAUUGUAGGUUAUACGUUUUCUAUGUAAAUAUAGGCUAAUUGUUGUAUUUCUGCAUAUGAUCCACUCUUCUGGACGUCUACUGUAUCGGUUAUUACACUUGGCAAG